AACGUACUCACAUUCUCUCUCUUUCUCGCUUUCUCUCUUUGGUGUCUCUGUUCUUCUCUGCGUUAUCUGUGAUCGAUUGCUUUACUUGGCCCUAUCGUUCUGGUCUUUCGAAGCAGGAGAUUGUCUUUAGCUUCCCUUUUUCACAGUUUCAGGGAUCCCUUCCUAACAAUGAAGGCUGGCAAAGGGAAGGGGGCUGCGAAAGAAACGAAGGAAACAUUGAAGCCUGUUGAUGACAGAAGGGUUGGAAAGAGGAAGGCUGCCGUUAAGCCAGACAAGGGUAGCAAGAGACAGGUAAAGAAGGUGAAAGCCGCCAAGAAAGACCCUAACAAACCAAAGAGGCCUGCCAGUGCUUUCUUUGUCUUUCUAGAAGAGUUCCGAAAGACUUACAAGCAAGAUCAUCCUAAUGUGAAGGCUGUCUCAGCUGUUGGGAAAGCUGGUGGAGAGAAGUGGAAGUCACUGACUGAAGCUGAGAAAGCUCCAUAUGAAGCCAAAGCUGCAAAAAGGAAGACAGAGUAUGAAAAGCUUAUGUCAGCCUACAACAAGAAACAGGAAAGUAUGGCUGAUGAUGGUGAUGAGGAGUCUGACAGGUCAAGAUCUGAAGUGCAUGAUGAUGAUGAAGAUAGUGCGGAGGAGGAGGACGAGGAUGAUGAAGAUGACGAUUGAAAUUGGCAUGGUAGCAGUGCUUACACAUUAGGACUGAUCCAGGGCUUUGAUUCUGGAUUUUGUAUGAUCAUACCCGUAGGUUCUAUGUGAUUAUCAUUUCCAAAGGAAAAAAUGCAGCUUCUGCCACUGCCAUGUUCCAUAUUAGCUUACUGUUGUAUUUAUUUGGCAUAUUGACUUGGUAAUAUAGCAUACUUGCAGCA